AACCUUGUGCUGCAAUUUGGGUGGCAAAAGAAGAACAAGAACACCGAAAAAUAACCAAUUCCGAAGAAAAAAAAGAGAAAAAAGGCGUUUGGUUAGGAUUUCUCAUCUUCCUGCCUUCUCCUUCGUCAAAAAAGCGAAUUCCUCAAUCGCGAUUACAUUCACAGACACACCAUAGAAGGUGAAGAGGAGAGAGAAAAAGUCUCCAAUUCCGCGCUUUCUCUCCCUAACUCAUCCUCACUUUCUCUCUCAUCUCUAACAACGACGACGACGAAGACUUUGUUCGAUUUUCUGGCAAAGUUUUCAGGUCGCCUGAGCAUGAGCGGCGGUCUUUAGUGUGGUUGUUGGCGGUUUGUCUAGCAGUUCAGGUAGAUAAGUUGAGGUGGAUCUUGCAGCUGAGUAAUGGAUUUGGUGUCUAGCUGUAAGGACAAAUUGCAAUAUUUUAGAAUCAAGGAGCUCAAGGAUGUGUUGACUCAACUAGGUUUCUCUAAGCAAGGAAAGAAACAGGAUCUUGUUGAUCGAAUUUUGGCUUUUCUUGUUGAUGAUCAAGCUUCAAAGAUGUGGGUAAAAAGACCUGCUCUUUCAAAGGAAGAACUAGCAAGAUUAGUGGAUGACAUUUACAGGAAAAUGCAGGGGUCUGGUGCUACCGAUUUGGCCUCAAAAGCACAAUGCACAUCAGAUAGUGCUACGGCUACCAUUACCUUGAAACCCAAAGAGGAAGUUGAUGAUUCUUUGCACGUUGACAUGAAAAUUCGCUGUCCAUGUGGUAGCUCACUGCUUACAGAGUCAAUGAUCAAGUGCGAGGAUUCAAGGUGUCAGGUAUGGCAGCAUAUUCGCUGUGUGAUUAUUCCAGAAAAGCCUACGGAUGCGAUUCCACCAGUCCCUUCCCAGUUUUACUGUGAAGUUUGCCGCCUCAAUCGAGCUGAUCCCUUUUGGUCUACACUGGGACAUCCGUUGUCAUCUGUGAAGUCGACCGCUGCUAGUGUGCCUACUGAUGGUACAAACCCCGUGCAAAGUGUUGAGAGAUCGUUUCAUCUUACAAGGUCUGACAAAGAGUUAUUAUCAAAGCCUGAUUAUGCUGUUCAGGCUUGGUGCAUGCUUCUCAAUGACAAGGUCCCCUAUAGGAUGCAGUGGCCACAAUAUGCAGAUUUGCAGGUCAAUGGCGUUCCUGUCAGAGCUAUCAGUAGACCUGGUUCACAAUUGCUUGGCGCUAAUGGCCGUGAUGAUGGUCCAAAUAUAUCACAAUGGACCCGAGAUGGAAUUAAUAAGAUUGUUAUAUCUGGAUGUGAUUCUCGCACUUUCUGUUUCGGUGUUAGAUUAGUGAAGCGGCGUACUCUUCAACAGAUAUUGAGCAUGAUUCCAAAGGAAUCAGAUGGUGAGCUCUUUGAAGAUGCUCUUGCCCGUGUGCGUCGUUGCAUUGGAGGCGGUGAAACUGAGAAUGCUGAUAGUGACAGUGAUUUGGAAGUUGUCGCUGAAUCUAUCACUGUUAACUUGCGGUGUCCUAUGAGUGGUUCUAGGAUGAAGAUUGCUGGAAGAUUCAGGCUGUGUGUUCAUAUGGGUUGUUUCGACCUUGAAACUUUUGUCGAGAUGCAGCAGCGUUCGAGGAAGUGGCAGUGCCCUAUAUGUCUGAAGAACUACUCCCUUGAGAGCAUAAUUAUUGACCCUUACUUUAAUCGCAUCGCAAACAUGAUGCAGUCUUGCGGCGAGGACACAACUGAGGUUGAAGUGAAACCUGAUGCUUCUUGGCGUGUUAAGAGUGACAACGAACGCAGGGAUCUUAGACAUUGGCAUUUGCCUGACGGAAGCCUUUGUCUUCCUGAUGAAGGUGAAAUCAAACAUAAGCCUGAAGCAUCAAAGCCAAUUAAGCAAGAAGGCACUGGUUUGAAACUAGGAAUAAGGAAGAACAGCAAUGGAGUAUGGGAAGUUAGUAAACAUGGGGAUACUAGUACUCAUUCAUCAAGUGAUAGGGUGCUAGAAAAUUUAGCGAACGGUUGUCCAAAGAUCAUUCCAAUGAGCAGUAGUGCUACUGUUAGUGGUAGAGAUGGUGAAGAUCCAAGUGUUAAUCAAGAUGCAAAUGGUGCUUUUGAUUUGUGUGUUAACAACGCACUGGAACUUGAUUCCAUGUCUUUGAAUCUUGAUCCCACAUAUGGGCUGACUACUCAAAGUACUCUGGCAGCUGCGAAGGACUCGGAAGUUAUUGUGCUCAGUGAUUCAGAUGAAGAAAAUGGUAUGAUGGUACAUGGGGUCAUUCACAACAAUGGGCUGAUAGAUAACGGAGUCAAUUAUGCCGUUAACCCACAUGGAAUAACAGGAUCAUAUCAAGAGGAUCCUGGUCUUGGGGUUGGUGGAAGUUCAUGCCUUGACCUUUUCAACCCAGCAGAUGAUGAGUUUGGGCUUCCUCUGUGGCCAUUGCCUUCUGCUACUCAUGGAGCCUCCAGUUUCCAAUUAUUUGGUUCAGAUGGUGAUGGACCAGAUACAUUAGCUAAUCCACAUCUUACUUCUGUGAACUGCCCAACAUCAAUGAAUGGAUAUAUGUUGCCUCCUGAGACUGCUAUUAACCACGUGUCUUUGGUGCCAGAUUCUACAAUGGGUCAGUCUUGUAAUAACUUAAAUGAUGGUUUAGUUGAUAAUCCCUUGGCAUUUGGUGGAGAAGAUCCAGCUCUUCAGAUCUUUCUUCCUACAAGGCCUUCGGAUGCAUGUGGGCCUACUGAUGCAAGAAAUCAACAAGAUAUAGUUAAUGGUUUACGUGGUGAGGAUUGGAUCUCUCUUCGUCUGGGGGAUGGUGGUGAUCAUGGGGACUCAGGUGCUAUGAAUAACUUACAUAUUGGACCGCAGCCUCAUACCAGAGAAGGAGCUAUGGAUUCACUGGCUGAAACUGCUUCUUUUCUUUUGGGAUCAAGUGGAAGCAAAUCAGAGAAAUUUCGAGAGCGACCAGAUAGCCCUUUCUCGUUUCAACAAUCAGACAGCCCUUCCCAGUUUCCUCGACAUAAACGUUCUGUCAGACAGCGGUUAUACCUUUCUAUUGAAUCUGAUUCUGAGUAAGUGUUUCAAUCGUUUUGCUGACCAUAAUGUUCCUGACACAAGGUGGCUUGUGGGUCAACUAUAUAAUAUUAUUGCCCAUCGUGAAGCUAGCCUGUACAUAACCAUGAAGUUGGCUUGUAUGACCCUUUUGGAUGACAACUCAACGAGAUGCUGAGUAAGACAAAGACGAGAAAAGCUCACAUUAAACAAAGAUCAGUGCCCUCUUCAGUCUUGGUAUUGGUGAGCUGGAAUACCUCUUUUCAGCUUCACAUGUAGCUGGAUGGUACAUAUCAUUGCUAAUUUUAUUGUGGCACAGGGUUUGAAGACACAACUAGCACAUACAUUUGAUGAAGAAGCAAGUCUGGUAAAUUUGUUAGUGGUGGUAUUUAGAUGUGAAACUUGUUGAGAGCUCCAAAGCUUUACCUUUGAUCAGUAAUAGAGAGGAGUUCCUCUCUUUUCUGCGCUCUGCAAAUACACCAGCCUCCUAUAUUUUUUUGGUGGAUUAUAGGCUGUAAAUGCAUAUGGGGAUCACUUAUUUAUAGAAAAGGGACUUCUCCUUCUC